UACGGGAUCAACUGACAGACCGCGGGUCUCGGUAGAAACUAAUCACCGGAGUUCUAUCUCGGUUCUAUGCUACUUCCUUCAGUGUUUUGCAUGUUUUCCAGCCAUUUGGGAUUAUGAAACCGAGUGCUAGCUGUCCGUGGGACACAUGUUCGUGUCAAUCGAAAUCAAUCAGUUUCACUCUGAAUCAUUGUGUUUCUGUGCUAAUUAAAUAAGAAGAAUAUUUAUUCAACGUUAGGUUUCUGUUGUACGUUCCGAAUAACGUUAGUAAGUAGUCGAAAAAGGAUAGGAACGUGCCAUGAGAGAACAUUUUCCGUGUGCUCCGGAACAAUCGACGGAAUUUCGUUCGGUAUUAGUAACGAUGGUGUGUCACACAGUUAAUUGAUAGAUUAAAGUUGUCCUCGGAGGGCGUUGGGUGGAAACUACGUGUUGCGAUAGCUUUUUUCCUGCUUCUGGAGCUUGGUGGACAGACGAGAUAUUGUCGCCGGGGUUUUCGCUGGCGGGGGUGGUUGGAAAACAAAAACAACAAAUUGUGCGAGCGCUGGAUUGUGGGUGGACGGGUAGACGAAGAAUACAGACAGAUUGACUGAGCAGAGAGAAUAGUUGUUGAGAGAAAGCUAGGCUCUUCUACACACACGCACAUACGAUGGAGACUGGUUUACUGACGAAUGCAAACUAGUUUGGAAGGUAUGCUCGCGGUCCCAUCACACACACGCGUCCCAAUUGGUCAGCAGUAAGGACUUCGAUUCUGGAUCAGUUAUUCAAUCAAACUGUGCUGUUUUUGUGUUUCCUAACUCUUGUAGUUCGUUCAGUGCUCCUUGCUAUAUUUGUUUGUUUUUCUGAGGACGUGUGUAGUUGCUGUGAGGUGCAAUAAAGAAUAGUCAUCUACAAAGCCAUGGUUAUUGGAUCGACCCGUAGGCGGAUGGCCCUUUUUCCCCGAACUUAUAUCCCGCAAAAGUAAUGUGUCAUUCCACGGAGAGUCUGAUGGAUCGAGGUAAAUCCUUCCUAUUAGUAGCUCGUGUUCCACCAGUUUGUGAGUGUAUCGGUAUUUUUUCGGUGAGAAUUCUGAAGAUUUAGGAAUCCUGGAGCCGAGAGUAAAGCCCAAUAAACGCAAAUGUCUGGCUGAGAGGCUAACGGUAGACAUACCGGGAGUUCCCAUUGUGAGGGGGUGGGAAAACAAAUUCAAAAGUGGCCAUAAAUCCUUACUUCGUGUUGACAGUGAGCGUGGGAGAAAACACGUUGUUACCGGGAGAGUUUAUUGGCGGUAAAGGACCAGACGCACGUGGGAGGUUGGUUUGCUCCCGCCAUGAGGAGGAUCCCGGAGAGGCACAGAGCAAGAGAAUAAUACUUUUCUUAUCGUUAUCUGUUGGUCAUGUUUAGUAAACGAGUGUGUGUCUCAAUAAGAGCGUGUUCAAGUCCUAGACACGAGACGUCGUAGUCUGUAGUCGUAGAACGCCUCAUUCAUGAAGGUCUGUGUUCGUGUGGAUGUACUCGUUUUCCAAAGAGUACAACCCGGUGGUCGCGGUGUGCCAUGAAACGAUUUUCCUACUGGGUUUCCAAUAGGAACCAUUUUCGGUUACUUUCAUACCUUUUCUACGAAGAACCACAGCUGGAGGAUUACUGACAGCAAAUCAACUAUAUUCUGCUGGGGAAAAAAACGAGUGAAAUCACGUCGAAUCGGUCAUUCACAAUAAAACCACCGGCGGUUAUUCCUGAACAGGAGAGUAAGUGAGUGCAGUCGGUGUGUUUGUGCGGAAAACCAAGGGAAAAUUCUAAACAAAAGCUUACUCUUGCCAGUUGUGUAUUCAGUGAGUGGAAACAAUUGAAAAAAGCGACAACAGCCCUUAGAGGAUAGCCAUGCACUCCUCAACCGGAUGAAGCAGCAGUGUACUCUGAAGAAAUAAUCCUAUAGAAUUUGAUGCUUUCGAUGGUCCUCGCCGUAGUGAAGGGUAUUUGUUGAAAUAUUGUGCUCUGUACCCUGCCGCUGUGCUUUCCUGUCGUUUCCAGUAUAAAGGAUAUCUCUCUAGAGCCAUUAUCCAUUUCUUCAAGUGUGUCGUAGCACCGCGUAACAGCAUAACCGUCUAAAACGAGCCUGAAAAGGAACAAACAGUGUCGUCUGUGUCUAUUGUUGUUUGAUGUUGUUAUUGUUGUUAUUGUGCAGGAAAAUAUUCAACUAAACAAGAGAAGCUAUUUAUAUGCAAACGAAGAAACCGCGCCGUGAGUGUUGUGUUUUACUACAAGCACCCAAUUGUUAUCCAUCCAUGUGGCUGAAAACUACCCUAUAAAUAUUUGCAUAAGUUUAUGCAAGAUGUUCAUCCACUAGCAAGAAUACUAAUAACGAAAGAACGCUAGAACCGGCUAAUCUGAAGCAGAGCAAAGGAUUACCCCCCGUCGGAUAAGAAUUGAAAGGGAAGCUUACUGUGCUCCCCGAUACAAGCUAGUCUAAGUGAGACCAUAUUGUAUUAUUUAUAGUAGUAAAAAUUGAGAGUAUGUGCAACAGUGUAUAAAGCAACUAGUAAAUUGUGGCUGCAGCAUCCCGAAAACCCAGUGGUGCUAGUGAUUACCACAACAUAUACGACCCAACACACUAUCCAUCGAACAACCGAAUCGGAAUUGCUGGAAUUAUGCAAAUUAAAUGAUUGUUACAGCUUUUUGAUCAACCUAGUUGUUACGUUGUGAUACAAACAGCAGAACAGGGUAGCAAAUAAAACAAUAAUAAUGGUAAAAUAAAACACAAACCGAAAAAAUCUCCGAUCGUUGUGGUAUGUAUUGCUGUUGCGUCCUGUUUCCGUCGCCAUCGUCGUAGUCGUCGUUGCCGCCCAUGCUGCCACUAUUACCAGGAGGUGGACAAAAAAAAAGUGUCAACCGUAGCGCACUGGACCGAUUUUAUAACCAAUCCAGCUGAGCACUACUUGCUGGAUCAGCUUGCUUUUUUGUUGUUGUUUAAUGCGGUAGGAAGGAUCCUGGGAAAUGUACCGCCCAACCAUAUAGGCCGAAUGUGUGCCAUGGUUCAAGUGUUUUGUGGCUGCCCAACAGUUUGUUUCGAAAUUAAUUCCGGACCCGGUACCCGGGUGGGUGAGUGCUCGUGAUAGGGUAGAAUGAUAAAGUGUGUUUAAAAAAAAGAUAAAAGAAGCAUUAAUUUUUAAGCUGCCAAGGGGAGUCAGGCGGAGUGGUAGUUAAACUUACCGUUAUCAGCCAGCGCGGGAAUUAAAAGCGAAACCAACGGAGUGUGCUUGUGAAAGUGAAAUAAAAAUAAUUGAAAUUUAUGCCGUUGUUAAUGGUGAAAAUAUGCCACUAGUGUUGGCGAAAAAAAAGUAAUGAAAUAAAGCAAAUGUAUGUCCUUUGAACCGUUGUUACGCUCCUCAUCGCAUCCAGUAGUAGCGGUUACUUUGUAGUGUGCGAAAAUGUUCAACGCCAGGAAGAAAGAAAUGAAAAGGUCACAAUAAAAUUGUAACUUCAAAGGCAAAAUUAAGUGGAAGCAACACGCAAUUGAUGAUCUGUGGAAUAAUGUAAACGAAGCGAAAAAAACCGUGCAAUUUUGAAGCCAACAGAAUCAAGUGUCUCGUAAAUCUGGCCCGGUUGACGGAAUAAUCGUUCUCAAGGGAAUACUAGUAUACUCAUCUAAACAUCCUAACUCAGGCAGUUGGCAUUUCAAUCGUAAGCAACGUGCCGCGAGGUGAUUGUAAUCAAGUUGGGCUGACCCUGGGCGUUCCACGGGUGGGCAGUAUACGAAAGUACCACUGAAACCUGUCCUCCCCCGUUUGAUUUCGAGGAACGGACAGGCGGCACCAGCAGACCAACUGUCAGAUAGAGUAGCAGUCACAGCGGCAGUACCAACAGCCGCCGCCGCCGCCGGGGAAAGUCCGUAAACAAAGAAGGUGCCGUAAAAGAGAACAGCAAAACGACCAAUUCGGCAGUCUCGAACGCAUCCAGAGCCAGUCCUGUACAAGAUUGGAACAAUGCCACCAUCCACACCAUUGCUGCAGGAUCGACGGUAUCCUAUCAUUCCUUGACAAAGACUCCGAACUCCGAACACUCCCCUCCCCCCCCCCCCCCCCCCCGCCGUGAUGAGUGACGGCUUGCACGAGCAAACAUUUUUCUUCUGUCGAAAUUUACUGCGAAAUCAAGGGAAAAUGAUAGACAUAACCGAAUGAUACCAGGAAAAUGUAAGUUUAAAACCAGCAGCAAUAGUCAUCAGAAAAACAUUAUUAGGGUUCACUAUCAAAUUCGAACAAUCAGCAACAACAGUGAAGGUUGACUAGCGGAAAUCAUUAGGAAACAUAUACGCUUACAAAUAUUUUAGGUAACGAUUUUUCCUAUUUUUGUACCAGAGAAAAUACACAAUAUAAACAACAGUUAAACAUGUCCAAAUUAUUGUUACUAGGUCGUACCCCUGGGUUAGUUUAGAACGAAGAGUGCACCCAUAAGUGUCUUAUGUAAAACAGUAGUUUCUGUUGUUGUCGUCCGGAAAGUUAACCACCACAAAGAAGUAAAGUAACUUUGUUAGGCCCCGAUUUAUUGGCAAUAGGUUGACUUUUACAGCAAUUUAUAACUUGAAUUAAAAAUUUACUCCCGUUCGUCCAAUCCACAAAGAAACACGAAGCAAACAUAAUGAUCAGACAAUACUUAUGAAUAAGUUAGAGGGCAACUAGUUGCUGGCAAAAUGUGUGUUAACGAGGUAUCGAUUUUUCAGUCAGACAAUGAGUUCCCAUGCGAAGGCUUACGAAGGCUGGUUCAAUAGCGGAACCGACUGGGUGCAGUACAGCUGAUGAGGCUCCGAAAUAGAAGCUAGCUGUUCUCUGUUUUAGUAAUAGCAAAUGGGUGGGAUUUAUUUGCGGGGUUGAAGGGGGUUGAGCAGCUAUUUUAAAGAGAAAAAGUGUUAGGGAUACCGAUUUUCUACCACGUGCUAAGCUUGUAGGACCCCUUCCGAAUGCGAAGAGCGACCCAUUGCUGAUGAGAUAGUAGUGCGUAGCAAAAGUUAUAAUUGAAUGGUGCUUUUCUGUUUCAACGAAAACCCGGUUAUCGAGUGUUGUUAUUUUCGAGAGGAGUAGACAGUUGUAUACCAAUUGAUUGAGGGUUUUUUUUGUAUGGCCCGGUGUUAAUCUAUUUGAGUUUUUGCUCGGUCCUUACAAAAAAUCAUACGAACGAAUGGUAGGAAACAAUAUUUUUGAAUACAUACAUUUUACCCCAGAACUAGUCAACGAGAAAAGAUAUCACUAACAGGUUUGCCGUUUUAGACAAAAAAAAAGUAAAAGAAAAUGAAAUACUAAUACACGCUGUUAAACGUCAACAAAGGUGUAUAAAUAUUGUUGUAUUUGUUACUAUCUAAGCCUAGAGUGUUAAGCUGCUAAUCAAAGUUUCAUGACAAGAGCAACCAAAAGAAAACUAUUCAGAAACGUAGAUUUUAUAUUUGUUUUACACGGAGAAUAACUGAAAGUACUAAGUAAAAGCUAACAGAGUUUAAAGAAAGCGAUUUUUUAAAAUUUUAUACAAAGAACAAAAGACAAAACUACUAGUAAACGAUAUAAAAGAACGGACACUUAAGUAUAAUAGAGAAGCUACAUCAAUGUUAGAUUAAAACGUGGCAUUUUGUGCUUGAAGGUGUUAAUUUUCUAGAAAGCUUUGACUGUCUGUAGUUACUAUUAAGGAUAAUACUCACACACCAACACCAUUCUGAUGCAUUGACACAAACACCUUUAUCAAGUAUUGCAACAAACCCACACGAAACGGAUGAUUUUAAUUUUAAAACCGGAGUCUAAUACCAACUGCUAGGAGAAUUUAUAGUUCUAUUAUCGAUAAUCCAACUAGGUGCAUUUCCCCUUUUUGAUAACUGUCUACAAGCUAUUUAGGUGCAAAAGAAGAAAAAUGUUUGACCUAUAUGUGCGCAAGUAAGAUUAAUCCUUAAAUAUUCAAUCGAUUCCCGAAUCCCUCAAACUGUCGUAUCCUACGCAUACCUGUGGCUUAAAAAAACAACAGCAGAACAAUUGAAGCACUAGAGCAAAAAAACAGGAAACGAAUCUGGCAAGCUUGUGUCGAGACUUGCCUAACUCUCUAGUACCGGUACCUACUAGGAGCAAAACGCACAAACCACACGAUGUAUGCAGCUGCCGGUGGUGCCUCGUUGGCCUCGCGACAGGCACGCAAAAAGCAGGCUGCCCAGAAUACCAAAAACAAGGCCACCAAUCAGCAGAUCCUUCGCGAGAAGCUAGCCGCGAAAGCUGUUACGACCCCGACCAAGAGUAAACCCUUCCACCAGUUACCUGCAUCCUACCUGCGUGCACCUCACCAGCACCAUAGGAAACUGAGCGCCGGCUACACGACCGUCCCAGGCUAUGACCAGCACCACAGAUCUCUGGUACCUAUCAGUGAACAGUCCUCAUCAUCUCAUGGAGUUCAUCCUCCCCAUACGCCUCAUCAUAUCCAACAUCACCAUCAUCAUCAUCCGGGUCAUCCGGAACCAUGCUUUAUCCAACAUGGACCCCCACAACCGGCCGGCGCCCAUCAUCCGCCGUUGCCCAAACCAACCGGAUUCCGCGAGUAUGAUAAACUGGUAAGACGUCAACAGUUAACAAAGUCCGCAACCGCCACAUUGCCACUGGUAUCACAAGCACAUGAUCUAACACCACCACAAACGCCUACCCCCUGCUUUGGCGAACAUCAGCAGCCCACACAUCUCGCCAGCAAAAAUCCCAACACAUUCUCACAGCCCCUUCACCUACAAAUACCCACCAACGAUCCGAUCAUAAUUACACCGGCCACACCGCAGGCCACCCCACCGGGCAAGCUCAGCCUCCAGCUCCACUCGACCACGACCCCGGAAGAUGAAGGACGACCCCAGACACCCACCCCCGGAGCCCUGGAACGCAAGUGCAGCGUGUACCGUGGACGCAAGUUGGACCCAUUCGAGGAACACUUCUACAGCAACAACACCACGACAAUAAACCACCAGCAGCAGCCGGAUGACGUGUUCUACGGCCAUCAUCCGCAUCUCCCGAACGGUGAACAUCGUAGAACGUCCUACGUUUGCAAGUAUGAUUCCGAGUACUACUGCUGCGACGGUGAGCACCGACAGCUGGAGGUCUGUACCUGUGAUCACAUUGAGUGUGCCCAAGGUCGUGCCGCAUGGUUGGAGCGCGGUAGACGAUGCAGCGUGCAAGAAACACCCGCCUCCUGCCAUCGACGAUGGGUCAAACGUAAUCGGAUACAAGACUCAUCGUUGGGUGGCUCCUCGGACGAUGAAGACUUACUCGGUGUGCUGCGAGGCCCCAGUUCAUUCGCCAAUGCCUUCCUUUACGUAGGUUUAGGUACGAUAGCAAUUGGAUUAGUUAUAGCAUUCGUCGGAACUGGCGAGAAAGGAUUCAAAACGGUUGAACUAAGACUAAUCGGACCAUCGUUAAUCGGUCUCGGCUUAAUUUGUUGUAUAUUGCGUAUCCUGUUUUGUAUAUGCCCGUCACACUGUUUAUCAUCUAGUCGUAAAGCGAGAAAUAAGAAAAAUGCUAAAAUAGAUGCCGAUCAUCGGACUUCCCUGUUACGCGGUGACAGCAAACGAGUAUCGAUAGCACGCGGACCUCACAUACCGACAAAACAGCCACAAAUCUACCCCAAGUCGAUUGUGAAAACCAAGACGUACGAGGGCGUGGAAGCACUUCGGCAAAUAGCAACCACCUCAUUAUUUCUUCAAAACGAGCAAAAAGUUUCAUCCAACCGCAUUGUUCCUAUCAUUAAGGAGCCUGAAAGAUUAGAAGAGCCACCUUUAGAGCUAAAGAAGUUUGAGACUCUCAAGGAGGCGCUCAGUGUGAUAGACAUCGUUAGUAUAUCGGAUGGGGAAGAUGAUGACGAUGAUGCCCGCAGCCACAAGCACCGCCCGCACGAUCCUUCUGGUAAAGUGUCCGACACUCAGGUGAUAGAUCUUACGGUUGAAGACGAACAAUCACAUUCCAUCGAUUCGCACCACCAGCGAAAAGACAGCAAGCUCCGAAGGCAACGAACCUCGGUAAACCAGCAAAAACCGAAAGAUGCUGGUGUGACAACGGAAUCAUCGAUGUCAUCGUUGUCUCCUGGUAGUAGCGGAACUGCAGGUGGUGGCCUAUUGAUGGAAACCUCGCUAAUGAUUAUCGGCCCUACGCCGGUAAGCUCACCAACCAAAGUACAGCAACAAUCAACCCUCACGGUGCCGAUGACCACCAAUACAGCAUCAUCCCUGGUCACCGGUACCAGUUCACUGAAAGCAGCGCCAUUAACACAAUCAACCUCGUCCGCGUCCGCCUUCGGAGCUGUAAUAGCUACCAGCAUAAACACGCAAAUACCCGGAUCACUAUCACCUUUGCCGUCAACUUCGUAUCUACCUAGCGCGGCAGCGAUCAUGUCUCACGUAUCCCCCCUGUCGCCAUCACCCACUGCAGGACUGACUCAUUACAGUAGCACCAGCAGCAGCAGCAACCUUCUCUCACCCCCUCCGAUGACAGGGUUUCCGUCGAUGCUAGGCUCCUCGCCGGCCACCAGUCCUGGUCUGUACGAUCUGCACACGCAUGCUAUCAACACGAUCACCACGACAUCUUCAUCGCUACAAUCAUCAGCCGCGACCACUACCAAGACCGAACCGGAAUUAGUAUUAAGUCCAGCGAAAUUAGGACAGUAGGUAUACUAUACACUUACACAAAUAUAGAUUUUUUCCUAGCAAAAACAAAAACCGAAAAGCAGGGCAUACAUCACAAAGUGGGAGAUUACGAAUAUCGACGGAGUCUCAGCCUAACAGCACAAGCGAGCGAGAAUUGAUACAAAACCCGGAAAUGAAACUUCCCGAACGAAGCAUCUUUUGCGACCGGUGAUAUAUUUAUACAAAACGAGAAAAUCGGUCCAAUUGUGCUACUAAGCCAACUACGGACACAGACGAGCAAUUCCUUGUAUGUGUGUGGGAGAUUGGUACUGUACUGACAAAUGAAACAGGAGGUGGUUACCAGGAAGGAAGAAUCCCUAUACAAAAUAUGGCUAAUUCUAUACGAAGUUCUUAUAUUUUUUGGGCUACAAGAAGACCGUAGGACUAUCAUGACUAGGAUUGUCUCCUGCAAUGGCACAGCAUUUGCGGAAGCUUUUUUACACCGAGUUACUUUUUUUACAUAACAUUAUAUAAAAUUCUCUUAAGACUAGCACGUUAUAUAAAAAAUUAUCUUUUGAAAAUUAACUCUAAGAAUAAUUCGUCAUUACCGGGUAUGGCGCAUCGGGCGAUACGAGUUAUGAUCGGUUGUUGACGAAGACAUUCACGUGCUUCCGGUGUGAUAAUCUAUAUUAUAACGCCUGUAUAGGUUGUUCAUUUAUUUUUAUACUGUUCCUGUUCCAGACAGAGUCCAGAUCACAUCUUUCUUCUUUUGUCUCAAGUACCAGCCACAUGGGUCGUUGAAAAGCGUUACAACAGUUACGCAUAAUAACUUGACGUAUUUCGUCCCAUUUUUUCAACAUUCGUAGGCAAAAGUUUCCUCCACAGUUAGCCUCUCCCCGGCAUUUCCUAAUUUGUCUAGCAUGUAGCUCAACGAAUAGAAGUUGAGAUGGUUCAGGGCGAAGAAACAGGCUACUCUUUCGGUGAAAUAAAGUCCGAAAAAUAAGUCUACCACCAAGCCCCUAUAGGAUGAAAAAGUCUCUUGUUGGAAGUAGUGUUGUGCAUUCUUGUAGAUUUUUAUUGUGAAGAAAAGCAAACGGUUCUUCGAGUAUCUUUAUUUUCUUGAAGUGUCCUGUAAAAAAUCCAACAGCAUACUUCAGUAGAUUCCAGACAGUGCGACUUGAUCCCGCGAUAACACCAUCAAUUUCAACUUCCUUCUGUGGAAUACAAGCACGAUACUAACGCGUAAAAUACUCGCGGAAUACUAUCUCGCUAGCUGUUGUAAGUUUUUUCAACAAACUAUCCUUUUUUCAACAAACUAUCCUUGCCGGUGUGCCACGAAACUGAGGAAGCUAGAACAUUUUCCUAUACAAUCAACCCGAGUUUUUGACGGAAUGCCAUCUGUUGUUCUUAUUUUGUGCGAAAAUGUCACCCUUCUUCACUAGGGGUUUUUUUCAAAACACUCUUAUUUUUCUCCUUCUCAUUUUUAUUUCACUUUCUCAAAUGCACUUUAAUCUUAUACCACUGCAAAAACACCCGCGAAACUUAAAUCGUUUACUAAAAAAAAGUUCAAAUUUUCUGCCACUGUGCAGAAAGUCACCGACCGAAGACCGAAGGA